AUGGCGACUUCUGCUCCGAAGGACGCGUCCAGCGGCUACGGAUCGAAUGAAACAUAUAUCUAUGAAUAUUCCAGAGGACUAGGGGGUGUUCAAGUUCCUCGUGAUAUCUUGUUCAUUCGCAUCGUCUAUUCCUCGGCCGCGAUUCUCGCCUUCAUUGUCUUUUCUGGACGAAUAGCGCAACUUGUUCAUGCCUAUCUGCGUCAAAUCUCAUCAUUCGCCUCAACUGGUUUGCAACAGGCGUAUUGGCGAGAAGAGACGUCAGCGUUAUGGACGAAUAUCAAGAAACACGUUCUCUAUUCGCCCAUUGGGAGGAAGAGACAUAACCGAGAAAUUCAGUUGUCACGGGCGAUCGGGGUGGGAACGUUGCCGUCUCGCUUCCAAUUUGUCCUGGUCGUUUUGUACUUCUCGAGUCAAGUAUUCUACUGCUGCUACUUGGAUUAUGCCGUCAACACACCAGCUGCGCUGCUCGCUGAACUUCGUGGCCGUUCUGGAGUACUGGCUGUCUUGAAUAUGGUGCCGCUCUUCCUGCUCGCAACUCGCAACAACCCUUUGAUUUCCAUCUUGCAUAUCAGUUUCGAUACCUACAACCUGCUUCACCGAUGGCUCGGUCGUAUCGUGAUGGUCGAGUCAGUUGUUCAUACGGUCGCCUGGGCGAUCAAUGCAGUCAACGAAAAGGACAUGGACGACAUGUUGUUCCGUGUACGUAGUACUCCCUUCUUCACUUGGGGCCUAGUCGCUACGGUCUCCAUGAUCUUCCUAUGCAUUCAAUCCCUCUCCCCCAUCCGCCAUGCAUUUUACGAGACAUUCUUGCACCUGCAUCAACUUGCGGCACUUCUCACCUUCCUCGGCGUCUGGUACCAUCUUCAGCUCGACAGCCUUUCUCAACGCAGCUGGGGCAGCGUGAUUGCCAUCAUUUGGUUUCUCGAGCGCAUUACGCGUCUUGUUCGCCUUGCGUAUCUCAACAUUUCCACCAAGCAUGGGUCCACUCAGAUGACCGUUCAAGCUCUCCCGGGAGAAGCAUGCCGAGUGACUUUCCAUCUGCCUAAGAAUGUGAAGAUUCAACCCGGCUGCCAUGUUUUCGCGUACAUUCCUUGCGUCUCAUGGUGGAUGUCGCAUCCCUUCUCCAUCGCGUGGGCCGAGGCCGUCAGUCCAACACCUGAUUCUCCUCGCUAUCACGACGUCAAGUCGGUGAGCACCACUCCAAGCACCUCUGAUCUUGAGAAGCAGUCCCACGACCUGGAUCAGUACUUUGAACCCAGUCAUCGCCCCACAGAAGUGUCACUCAUUGUCGGUGCCCGGGAGGGUAUGACCCGAAAAUUGUAUAAUUUGGCCCGCAGCAAGCCCAAUGGAAUCUUGCGAGCACCGGGGUACAUCGAGGGGCCUUAUGGCUCCCAUCCUGUCAAUUUUUCCAGCUACGGUACAGCUGUGCUGUUCUCGGCUGGUGCAGGAAUCACGCAUCACCUACUCUUCACUCGGGAUUUAAUCGAGCGAGCCGCGACAUCCCGUGGUGCCACCCGCCGGGUCUACCUGAUUUGGUCAGUCCGAUCUACGGAGCAUCUCAGCUGGAUCAGCAAGUGGAUGGAUCAGAUUCUGCGGCUACCGGGUCGUCGUGAAAUCUUGAUAGUCAAAGUGUUUGUUUCAAAACCCAAGCGUGCGGCCGAUAUCGUCUCUCCCUCUGCCACGGUACAGAUGCACUCGGGUCGAUGUCGACCAAAUGUGAUUCUGGAGGAGUUGAUGCCGAAAAGCGUCGGCGCGACGAUCGUGUCCGUGUGUGGCCCCGGUGCAUUUGCUGACGAAGUGCGGUCCGCCGCGCGGGCCAAUAUUGGCAAGGGGGCAGUAGUGGACUUUGCCGAGGAGGCUUUCACCUGGUAA